ACGGCACAGCCGCUGCGGAGCGAGUGGCUGAGGGGCUGAGAGGAGGAGGCGCUCUUCUUCUCUGCCCGCGUCCCCUUUUUUUUUUCGCACACGGCUGAGGAAAUGGCGGAGGAUGACAAGUACGAGGCCGGCUCGGCCGCGCCGCCGCCGAUGGGAGAAGCCGAGGUGGCCACCGUCAACGACCACGACCGGCAGCAGGAGGAAGAAGCGGGCGGAGCGGGCCUGGCCGAGGGCGGCGGGAGCACAAACGGGGUGAAAAUGGAAAAUGAUGAAACAGGAAAAGAUGAGACCCUACCAGCGAAAGCAAAGUAUAUUUCAAAACCAAAGGCCAUCCCGUCUCUUGGACACAGGAAUAGAUUUCAUCCAUACACAAAGGAAAAGAGUGCAGGAGGCACUGGGGAAAAGAAGAGUGUUAAUCGUAAUAGAGUAUUCAUUAGCAACAUCCCAUAUGACAUGAAAUGGCAGUCCAUUAAAGAUCUUAUGAGAGAGAAAGUUGGUGAGGUUACAUACGUGGAGCUGUUUAAGGAUGCAGAAGGAAAAUCAAGGGGUUGUGGUGUGGUUGAAUUCAAAGAUGAAGAAUUUGUAAAGAAAGCACUGGAGACCAUGAAUAAAUAUGAUCUUAACGGAAGACCACUUAACAUAAAAGAGGAUCUGGAUGGUGAGCACGCCCGCAGGGCACUGCAGCGUGGGAGUGGGCCGUUUACAGGCGGACAUGGUCCAGAUAUAGCACCUGGCUUAAUGAAUUUACCGCCUUCUAUACUUAAUAACCCAAACAUUCCUCCUGAGAUUAUCAGCAACCUACAAGCUGGCAGGCUUGGCUCCACCAUUUUUGUUGCCAAUCUUGACUUUAAGGUUGGCUGGAAGAAAUUAAAGGAAGUCUUCAGCAUUGCUGGAACGGUAAAACGUGCAGAUAUCAAAGAAGACAAAGAUGGCAAAAGUCGGGGGAUGGGAACCGUGACUUUUGAGCAGCCCAUUGAAGCCGUUCAGGCAAUAUCAAUGUUCAACGGGCAGUUCCUCUUUGACAGACCCAUGCAUGUGAAAAUGGAUGACAAAUCAAUUCCUCAUGAUGAUUUCCGCGCAGCUGAUAGCAAGACACCUCAGUUACCUCGUGGACUUGGAGGGAUCGGAAUGGGACUCGGUCCUGGGGGACAGCCAAUCAGCGCCACCCAACUAAGCAUGGGGAGUGGAAUGGGGAACGUGACUCCAGGAGGAAUGGGAGUGGAUGGACCAGGUUUUGGAGGAAUGAAUAGAAUGAGCGGAGGUGUUGGUGGUUUUGGUGGCAUGAAAGGAAUGGCAAAUAUGGGAGGAUUUGGUGGAGUCAACCGACUGGGAGGUAUGGGAAGCGUAGAUGACUUCAGAGGGAACCUCGGUAGUGGAAUGAGUGGUGGCCUAGGAACAGGCAUGGCUGCUGGGAUGGGAGAUAUGUUCCGUGGUGGCAUGGGAGGAACUCUUGACAGAGACUUUGGUCGAAGCGAAAUGGCCUUGAGCCGUGGCUUUGGAGACACUUUUGGGAGAAUGGGUAGUGGACUAAGUGGCAUGAAUAGCAUGACCGGUGGAAUGGGAAUGGGAAUGGGGAUGGAUCGGAUGAGCACCAGUUUUGAUCGGAUGGGACCCACCAUGGGAUCUGCCCUGGAGAGAAACCUUGAUAUGGAUCGAGGAUUUGUGCCUGGCCCCAUGGGAAGUGGUGUGAGAGACCGAGUAGGCACCAAAGGCAACCAAAUAUUUGUCAGAAAUCUUCCUUUUGACUUGACCUGGCAGAAGCUUAAGGAAAAAUUCAGCCAGUGCGGUCAUGUAAUGUUUGCAGAAAUAAAAAUGGAGAAUGGAAAAUCAAAAGGCUGUGGAACAGUCAGAUUUGACUCGCCAGAAUCGGCAGAAAAGGCCUGUAGAAUAAUGAACGGCAUAAAAAUCAGUGGCAGAGAAAUUGACGUACGUUUGGAUCGCAUUGCGUAAUUUAUAAAGUACAUGUUGGGGAACAUUCCUUUAGACAGUUUCCUGUAGCUCCUUCCUUUCUUCCCUUUCCCAGUAAGUCAUUUUUAGUAGCACUGUCUGCUUUAUUUGAGUUGAAGAUACAAUACUUUUAAAACAACCCUUCAUCCCCACCCCCUCAGCCUUUAACAGUAUAGUGUUUAAUAUACUGUGUGAACUUGUUAAUUCUUACUACAUUUUGAUUUUUAAGAGAAAACUUUCCUGACUUGUUCAGUGGCCUAAAACUGCCCCACCUUCUCUUGUACUCAGAAGUUGUGGCUGUUUCAUGCCUCUUUAAAAAUCAUGCUAAGUGUUUCUAGUCAUUCAGUUUAAAUGAAUGGUUCUACUGUUUUUAAUAAAACAAGCCAUUUUCUCUGUUUAAUAAAAGUCUGUAUAGUGGAA